UUAGCUCGAAGUUAUAAAACGUUCGGGUCAAGAUUUGGUGAGGAUAAGAAAACCGGUGGUAAAUAUGUUCCUCCAGGUCUACGUGAAGGUGGUCAAAAGCCAGGAGCUGAUCCUUUGAACAACCAGCGAUCAAAAGAUGAUGCCAAUACAAUUCGAGUUACUAAUUUACCCGAAGAGAUACAAGAUAGUGAUAUAAGAGAACUGUUUCAACCGUUUGGUAAAAUUUGGAGAAUAUUUUUAGCCAAAGACAAAUAUACUGGACAAUCUAAAGGAUUCGCUUUUGUUAGCUAUGAGAAGAAAGAAGAUGCUACCAAAGCGAUCGCACAUGUGAACGGCUUUGGUUACGCUAAUUUAAUCUUGAACGUCGAAUGGGCCAAACCAUCGGCUAACAAUUAAUCCUUUGGGCACUUUGGAUCUUCUUUUUUUCUUUUUUUCUUCUUUUUCUUUUCCUUUAUUCCAUUUUUCUAUUGUUAAUUUUCACAUACUCAAAGGGCAACUUACAAAUCGUGUUGAACAUUCUCGAUUACAAAUGAAAAUUCUUGGUACAA